GGUCAGUGUGUGUUUACUCUGCAGCAGCCUCUUCAUCGCCGUCACACUCUCAGACCACUGGCCUGCUGAUCCCGCGGCUCUUGCGGCUGGAGGCGGACACAUUCCUCCGUCCCCUCUGAGGACUGACGGGGGAGGAAGGGAGGGAGGAAGGGAGGAAGGGAGCUGCCCCGUGCUGCCCCUGCACAUAUUUAAUUAGGGAGAAGAAGAAGAAGCGGCGGGACGGGCCAGGAGGACAACGCACCGCCCCCCCUUCCAAGCAGCUCCGGGUUUCUGGCAACAACUUGAGCCGACACUCUGUCCGCAGAUCUGGACCGGACAGAGCCCCCACGUCUUCUGUCCUGUUUGGAGCAAACAUUUGACGAGCUGAACGGGAACUUUGAGCGUUAAAGUUGAGUUGAGUUGACUGUAACGUCUUGGAUUCGAGCUUUUCUCCUGAGUUUCUCUUUGAAAGUUUCACACAACAAACAGAAAGUGGAUCAUAUCAUUGCGGCGUCAGAGUGAGCCAUGCUGUGGCUGAAGGCGCACUGUCGUUAAGUGAGUGAUGAUUGAUUUGGAAAUGUCAGCGCCACCGCUGAGCACAGACCAGCACACUCCAUCAUCCCGGCGGGCUGAGGGAAAGUAAGAAACCACCUGUUGUGAAUGUUUCCUGGAGCUUCUCACGGAUAAACCUGAGCUGCUAAAACAAGACGUCGGACAGAGCUGAGCAGGAGGCGCACGCACAACGCUCCCCUCCGGCUCCGUGUUCGUCACUCACUGGUUGUUUGUUUGCAGUGAGCAUGUUGCCAUGGUGUCCCGGGCUCAGAUGAGGAGGACAGCGGAGCUCCGGUGGCUGCGCUCGGGAUGGCUCGUGAGGACGCGGUGAGGUGUCUGCGAUGUCUGCUGUACGCGCUCAACUUACUCUUCUGGCUGAUGUCAGCAUGUGUCUUGGGAGUGGCAGCCUGGAUAAGAGACUCCCUGAACACCGUCCUGACCCUGACAGCCCACACCAGGCUGGAGGAAGCUGCCAUCCUCACAUAUUCUCCUGCUGUCCAUCCUGUCAUCAUCGCUGUGUGCUGUUUCCUGAUCAUCGUGGCCAUGGUGGGAUACUGUGGCACCCUCAAGUGUAACCUCCUGCUGCUGUCCUGGUAUUUCAGCUCUCUGUUGGUGAUCUUCUGUGUGGAGUUGGCCAGUGCUGUGUGGACCUAUGAUGAGCCCCUGGUACAGCGCUCUGAUAUGAUCAGUCUGAAGUCUCGGAUGCCAAAUUAUGGCCUGCAAAGGUUCCAGUGGCUCACACACACUUGGAACACCUUCCAAACAGAGUUUAAAUGCUGUGGAGUGAUCUACUUCACUGAUUGGCUGGAGAUGACAGAGAUGGAGUGGCCACCUGACUCCUGUUGUUCCAAUCAGUAUCCGGGAUGUGCUCGCCAUGCUCACUACCAUGACCUCAGUGACCUGCAUCAAGAGGGCUGUGGUCCAAAGAUCUACAAUUUCAUUCGGGGGACGAAGCAGCUACAGGUUUUGCGUUUCCUAGGUGUGUCUAUUGGCGUCGCUCAGAUCCUAGCGAUGGCGCUGACUCUCAUGCUGCUCUGGGCACUAUAUUAUGGACGCAAAUCCCCAGAACUCAACUCUGUGCCCCCCCCACCAGAUGACCCUGCCCCUCCCACAGCAACGCAUGGACCCUCAGACGAAGCACCUAAAUUCAGCGGCGGCCGCUCAACUAAAGUCUGUGCCAACACAUCUGCUGCUGCCAAGCCGAGUGAUCUUCAGUUUGAGAUGGAGCGAAUGUCACAGCUUCAGACUGAAAACAAAAACAGAUUUAAAGAAAAAACACAAGGAAACACGACAACAGAGAGCUACAGGUAGAGAUGUUUGUUUGUUUCAGAAAACAUCUCUGAACUCUACAACUGAACUCAAAAAAGUCCUCAUUUUUGGUACUUUUUGGUUCUUCAUUGGAUGAGAACUGAAGGAAACAACCACUGUUUUUAAACAGAAGAAUUUUAAUCGUUUGUUUUAUCACCACUGAAGAGACAGAAUACUUUGGAACUUCGUUGCUGUCACUGGAAGAUAAGCAGAGUGUUGCUUGCUGUACAUGAGAAACUGUGCAUGGGCUUAAUAUUUAAUAAUGAUCAUCUCAGCUUUAUCAGAAGAAAUGAUCAUUUUCUCACUGGAAUAAAAACAUCAAAGCAGGAUAA